CGGAAGUGGGAGGAGGAUUCUUAAGGGUGUGGCCCGGCUGGAGCAGUCCUACCACCUCCGAUCCCUGGGAAGACAGGGAGCGGGAGCAAUCUGUCUGGUGACCCCAGGGUCAGUGGCUAGGAACAUGCACUGGGAAGGGAAGAGUGUUGUUGGGUGGCAGGCUACUCCUCCUCCCUUCAUAGAGACGUCACUGGAGUCUGGACCAGGAGCAGGGGGAGGAGUCACCAUAAAUCCCAGAGCUGGCUGUCUGGGGGUCCCACUGUCACCUGGAGGAGCCACCUCAAGGAGCCACCUCGUCCACAGCUUUCCCUCCCCCUGUCAUGGCCGACUGCAGGCUAGGCCUUCUGCUACUGCUGCUGCCGACUGCCCACCCUGGACGCUCGAAGGCUCAGCACUGGUCCCAGGGCUGGUACCCCAGAGGAAAGCGGGCUUCCAGCUCAGCCCAGCACUCACAGCAUGUCCCAAGGCUCCCAGCAAGCAGACCAGACAAGGCUGCCCAUAACCUCCCAAGCGAUGCCCUGGCUCCCCCUGAGAACAGUGUGCCCUGGGAGGCCAGAACCACAGGCUGGUGGUCCCUCCACAGGAAGCAGCGCCUGGUGCAGACACUGCUGGUAAGUACAGAGAGAGGCCCAGGCAUUGGCCACCAGGGGCCAUUAUGGCCAAGGACUUGGGCUAUGUGGACAGAAGAGGGGGUAAUGAGAAAACACAGAGACGCCCCCUGCCAAAGCACCCUCAGGCACACAGCCAGAUGCCAUCUGCUAUUCUUCCUAUUUCCCAGAAUUCUUGGAACAAUUUAUGAUAAGAUACUUAUGUUAAAGUAAAAGAUUAGAAGUCAUUAGUGGAGUAGGAGGAGACAAUUGUGCUUAAAGCCUCCAUAAGUAAGACCAUAGCUGUAGCGGGAUCCUCUAGGCUUCUUUCUCAUCAUCAGGAGAACCCAGUGUGUCUCCCAGUGGGAAGAGAUGAGGAGUGUGAACUCACACUAAUAGAAGGGGCCCCAGAAUCAGGUGGUCACUGCACUAGCAAUGACUUGGUGAUUGCAGAAGACCGAGUGCAGAGAUGGAUUACUACUACUUUGCAAAUUUAUUUUAAAGUGCACCAGCAGGGCGCCAACUGAAGGAGAAAGUGGUAAAUUCCCAU